AUGUCCGAUCCGCGUGAUGGCUCGCAAGUUAAGGACAGCAAGCUCCGAUUAUGGAAAACCCAGGCCGACCACCAAGAGCACUUAAAUUUCCCACUUCCACGUGCAGAUACAAUACCUGUCGGCAAGUCUUACACCGACACACUCAACGAUUUAGUCAUGAACCUCAUGAACAUCGAGACCACCUUCAACAAUCUAUGCUGCCUUGUCCGCAGCAAAUACGCUGAUAGCAUUGUUAUGAGUCAGCUCUUCACCAUCAACUUGGUACUCCUGAGAUUUACAGAUGGAAACUUCUGCUUGCGCUUUGAGUUCUUGCAAAAGUCAAUCAUGGGUAUAGAAAGAGCUAGGCGGGAAGAUGCGCUUGAGGGACUGAGGGGAGUUCUUGAAGAUAGGACUUUGGACAUGCGAGGUUUGAGGUAUCAUGGAGUAGAAAGUUUUGAGAAAUUUUCGGCGAAAUCUAUACGCGUAUUUUGCGCGAAUACGAAAGUGAAAAUUGUCUCGUAACUAUCGUUCUCUAUAGUAGUGGUAGUUAGUACGUACACAGUGUCUACGCGAAAUAAAGAUUUUGUCUUGGCCCCUCCAGCCACGAUAGUUUACUGCUGAGAUAUGCACAAACUUCUACUGGUAUAGGCAACUUGUAUACGCCAAUCUACCCUACACUACACUCAC